UUUCUGAUGCCAUGGGUUUUGGGUGGAAUAGGAACACUUUUGUACCAGUUAGGCAUCCUGGAAGACUAUUACACCGGAGCACUUUCGGGUGGACUAAUGUUUUUCACUGCAUUUGUCAUCCAGUGCACAAGUGUGUAUGCCAGAAACAAAUCCAUGACAGUAGAAAGAAUGCUAACCACAGAUAUCUUAGCAGAGGAAGAUGAGCAUGAAUUUACAAGUUGUGCUGGUGCUGAAACCAUCAGAUUUCUAAUUCCUGGCAAGAAAUACAUAGCCAAUACAGUUUUUCAUUCUGUUCUUGCUGGGGUAGUGUGUGGUCUGGGAACAUGGUAUCUUCUCCCCAGCAGAAUAACCUUGUUGUAUGGCAGUGUGGGAGCUACUGCUGUACUGUUUGUCUUUGGCUGGAUGACAUUAUGUAUAGGAGAAUAUUCAUUAAUUGUAAACACAGCUACAGAGACUGCGACUUUCCAAACCCAGGACGCUUAUGAAAUCACUCCUCUUAUGAGACCUCUUUAUAUUUUUUUCUUUGUUUCUGUGGAUCUUGCACACAGGUAAAAAACUGUCAAAUACUUUAUAAUUUGCUUUGUUUUUAAGUAUACAUAGUAAGAGAGCCGUCCUUUAGUAUUAAAAAGAAUAAUCUGUGAAUUAAAGAUCAUCAAGACCAAACUGCUGGAUGAUAGGUUAUUUUGAUGAUUAAUCUUUUAGGACUAUUCUCUGUUAAACAUUCAUACUAAAGCAGUCAUUAAAACUUAUUGAAGAGUUUUGUAAAAAUCAUUUUUAUGAAAAAUAAGUAAAUUUCUUUCAGUCCUGUGUUUCAUUAUGAAUAAGGAGCUUUGAAUCUGUAAGAGAGCUCGCCUGAAGUCUGAAAAGAGAUGGAACUUUCCUCUGGGGGUGGGAGAGAAAUGAAGAAUUUAAAAAAAAGUUAUACAUAAAUAUUAUGUACAGAUAGAAUGAAUUUAGAUGAUGGAGUGAAUUUGAAUAGAAUAACAUUUCUAAUUUAUUAUUGUAACAACGUAUAGGAAGGAAUAGUAAUUUUUUUAAUCAAUUCAUUACAGAAAAUAGCAUUUUUUUAACAAAUAAAAUUGCAAAAUUAUUUGAUAACCUUUUUUGCUUGCCUUUUCUAAAUCUGACUCUUUCUCUU